ACAGCCUGCCAGCUUUGUCAGCCUGACUCAUUGCACCUAGCUCACCAGGUGCCCAACCUCCCGCCCCUGAUUUCACUUCACAGCAAACCAGAAACUGAAACCUACUCUCAGGAUGUGCAGUUGAGAGUCAGAGCAACUGCAGUAGCUGAAGAGUAGCACAAGAGAGGGGACAGCGAGCAGACAGACAGCAGCAGCUCUGGAGUACAUCCGCGGAGGGCACAGGGGGCAGAGCAUGGCGCGAGGUCUCGAGGUGGUGGCCAUGGACUGCGAGAUGGUGGGGCUGAAGCCCAUCCAGGAGAGUGGCCUGGCCCGAUGCAGCCUCGUGGAUGCCCACGGAGGCGUGCUCUACGACAAGUUCAUCCGGCCCGAGGGCGAGAUCUCAGACUACCGAACCCCGGUCAGCGGGAUCACGCCUCAGCUCAUGGAGGGAGCCACACCAUUCGCCACAGCCAGGCUGGAGAUCCUGCAGCUCCUGGAGGGCAAGCUGGUGGUGGGCCAUGACCUGAAGCACGACUUCAAGGCGUUGAAAGAGGACAUGAGCAAGUACACCAUCUAUGACACGUCCACCGACCUGCUGCUGAAGUACAAGGCCAACCUGGGCCACUGCAGGCGGGUCUCCCUCCGCGUGCUCAGCAAGCGCCUCCUGAAGCGGCACAUCCAGGACAGCCAGCAAGGACACAGCUCAGUGGAAGAUGCGAAGGCAGCGAUGGAGCUCUAUCACAUCUCCCUCCAAAUCGCGGCCCGCAGAGGACAGCCUAGGCUGGAUGUCUUGGGCUGAAACUCAGCUCCGUGCCUUCCACAGGGACUAGAGGACUUCAGGGAAAA